UUAUGCUUUGCAACUCUACAUAAACUCUGGGAUUAUACAAUCUGCAAUCUACAAAUUGUUUUACAAACUAUAGGGAGCUGCUUACAGCACUGAUGAAAAUGAACUUGAAAUGGACUUAUCCUCUCCUAGCUAUAUGCACAGCCAUAAUUUUCAUCAUAGUCUGGGCUUUCCAGACAGGAGGAAGGAAAUCUAUGGUUUGUGAGAGUCUUCCCCAAGACAUUGGACUAGAGGAGAAAACUCAAGAUAUGCACAGUCUGAUAUUUGAUGAUUUAUCUCCAGGAGAGAUGACACAGGUGAAUAGGUACUUUCAUCAAAACCUAGCUGUGCCGCUGGUUGAUCCUUCUGAAGCAAAACCAGCUGACAACUGCAUUUAUUCCAUUACACUUCAGCUUCCUCCAAAAGCAGAGGUUCUGGAAUUUCUGGACCAUCAAGGAAGAAGACCUGCCCGUCAAGCACUAGUUGUAGUUUAUUUUGGAAAUCAGAAUGAUCCAAACGUCACUGAGUUUUUGGUGGGCCCUCUUCCAAACCCAACAUACCACCAUGAUAUCACAGUGGAGAAAUAUGGUGGAAAGCUACCUUAUUUCAGAAGAUUUAUGUUAAAGAAUGAGAUUCAAGAAUGGAAUACAUUCAUGAAGAAGCAAUAUCUGAAAGCUCCAAAGUUUAUGCACAAGGUAUUUGAUUACAAUAGAAGUAAUUUUAUGUAUUUUCAUGCAAUGCCUCCAGGGUUCCAAUCAGGAGACCGUCUAAUCUGGUUUUUCAUUUCCAAAAUGUGUCUGGCUUUCCUGUACAUCCAGUUGGAUUUGAAGUCCUACUGGAUGUCAGUAGCAUAA